UAGUUUAUGUAUGUCUCCCAGUAAACAGUAUCGAGCUGUGACCUCCAUUGAGAAGACCACGUUGUUACACCUCUCAUAUUAACCACCUAUAACCACCUAUUAACUACCUAUUAACCACCAUGUCUAACAAAAUUGAGGAGAUGCUGAAGGAUGUUGAAGAGCUGCGCACACUUGUGGCUUCUGCCACUCGCAAGCGUAUUCAGGAUCUUCUUUCACAGGAGCUGCGAAAAAUGGAGAUUGAGGUAGCACAUCUUCAGGAAGAGUCGCUCCUAAAGCCAAGUGAACAAAAAGCCAAACCUGCAACGGCUAGUACUUACACAGUCAUCCUCAGGAAUUACUCUUGGGAUGAGUCGGACAAAUUCAUGAAAAUAUACAUCUCCUUGAAGAACGUCCAGGGCUUGGAGAAGGAUGCAAUCACAACCACAUUUUCAAAAAGAGGUGUACAGGUGAUGGUCAAGGAGCUGGAUGGCAAGAAUUAUGACCUCAAUAUAACCAAUCUUGCUAAGAACAUUAACCCAGAUGCCAGCUAUCAUAAGGUUAAAACAGAUAUGUUGGUGGUACUAUUAUCCAAGAGCGAGCAGGGGAAGUGGACGGGGGUGACCGCAGAGGACGUGCGUGCUAGCGAGGCCCGUAAGCCCAAGAUGAGCUCCGACGACCCCAACGCCGGGAUGAUGGAUCUCAUGAAGCAGAUGUACGACGACGGUGACGACAAGAUGAAGCAGAUGCUGAACAAGACUUGGUAUGAAAGUCAACAAAAGACCUUAAGAGGAGGUGGGAAUGAGAUGACUAUGCCUGGUAUGGAUAACUUAAACCUUUAAUCAAAAACUUUUGUUACUACCUUUACCAUUAAAGACUUUGCAGGACAGCAGUGAAAGAGACAGUCAUCAACUAUUGUUCAUGUAGUUAAGAUUUGCUAUUAUAGAAGUAGAAAAUCACAAAUCAUCUUUUAGAAGAACUGAUAGAAUAUAAAGUGUGCUUGUAAUGUUUUAUUAAUCAGAUGUCAUGAUAUUUCUGAACUAUAUAACCUGGUUGUAUAACAGGUCUUCUUCACAGGAUAUUGCAGGGUUUGGACAUGUUGUAAAGCAAUAAAUGUAUAGAUCCUGGGAAUGUAGUACUGUACUGGUAGUGCAUUGUCUUGCUAUAAAUGGUCUUGUUGCCGGUAGAUAUUUGAAUACAUAUUUGUUACAGCAA